GUCCAGACCAGGUGUGAAAUGGAGAAGUACCUGACGCCCCAGCUCCCCCCUAUCCCCACCAUUCCUGAGCACAAGAAGUACAGACGAGACAGUGCCUCGGUGGUCGACCAGUUCUUCACUGAUGGCGACGGGUUGCCUUACAGCAUUAACAUGAAUGUCUUCCUCCCUGACAUCACACACCUGAGGACGGGCCUGUACAAGCCACAGAGGCCGCCCGUCCCGCAUAUCAAAACGGAGCCCGUCAACGCCUUCAGCCACCAGAGCGAGACCGUGCCUCCCGGCCCUAGCCCUACCCAAGCCCUUCCUGAGUUCACGAGCAUCUUCAGCUCCCACCAGACACCCGAUGUGAACAACAUCUUCAUCAAACAGGAGAUGCCCACUCCGGAUCUUCACCUUUCCAUCUCGGCGCCCCAGCAGGGCCAGCUCUAUCAGCUCCUCAGUUCGGAUUUAGAUAUGCCAAACCCGGCCACGCAGGCGGCGGUGAUGGACUCUCUCAGCGGGGUUUCUAUGGCGUCCACCAUGGCAGGCCUUAACACCCUGUCGGCCGGGAUGCCCCAGACGACCAUGAAGCCUUUCCAAGGGAUCCCUCAGUGCACGUACACCAUGCCCAAUCAGUUCCUUCAGCAGCAGGCCCCUUAUUUCCCGCCUUCGCCCCCGAGCUCGGAGCCCGGCAGUCCCGACAGGCAAGCUGAAUUGCUACAGAACCUGACCCCUCCUCCGUCCUACGCCGCCACGAUCGCUUCCAAGAUGGUGAUUCACAACCCCAAUUUGCCCGCAAACCUCCCGAUGAAUACACCCCCCAUGCCGACGGUGAGGUACAACAGGCGGAGUAAUCCGGACUUGGAGAAGAGACGCAUUCACUACUGUGAUUAUCCUGGUUGCACUAAAGUAUAUACAAAGUCUUCCCACUUAAAAGCACACCUGCGGACUCAUACUGGAGAGAAGCCAUACAAAUGCUCUUGGGAAGGAUGUGAGUGGAGAUUCGCUCGCUCCGAUGAGCUGACUCGCCACUACAGGAAGCACACCGGAGCCAAGCCUUUCCAGUGUGCUGUGUGCAAUCGCAGCUUCUCUCGAUCUGACCACUUGGCCCUGCACAUGAAGAGACAUCAGAACUAAGGCCCCGGGACUUCCUCCUCCAUGUAGGCGGCUGGGUGGUAUCUAUGCAACUUCCUAGUAACUCGACUUCGAGUAGAUGUUUUCAGCUAGAAUUUUAGGUUUUUAAGUAUUUUGACUGCGUACGAACUCUUCUGCAUUCUAAAAACAGGAAAGAAAAAACCCAAACUGGAAAUGUGUAUUUUGUAAUUUUUAUGAGGAAACAGGGAAAAGACACUGUGUUGCCACACUUUUUGGAAGUGUCCUGCCAUUUUAAAGGCUGUACAGAUUUUUUGCUUUUUUCAAGGCUUUUCAUCUCAGGACCACCUGCCAUUGAUGUAUAUUUUGCAGACAUGAACGGGCUAGUGCCACGGAGGUAGACGCAAAACAGAAGCCCCAGUCAGAAUUGGCCAUGCAAGCGUUUGAUUUUAUAGAGGGACGCUUUGUAAAGCUGCAGUCGACAUGGAUGCAGGCAGCAGAGUUUUAUAGUUCUUACAGCGCAUCCAGAGGCUUUCGCCUACUGUGUUGUUCCUCUUGGCUGUGGGCGUGAAAGUGAUUGUGGACAUGCUUACCGAUUCGAUAUUCCAGUCCCCUUUCCCAUGAGCGCACCUUUCAGUGAGUUGAGAGGGGGUUGGUGUUCUCUGCCAGUUCUGUGAUUCCCCAGGGGUGGCGGGGGGGGGGGAGGCCUUUGGUAAUAAAAUUGAUACAAGCUUGCCCCAGCUCAUGUCUGCAAAAUGUGAUAUGGCAGGUGUGUCCCUAAAUUCAAAUAUACCAUCUUAAAUGCUCUGGCAUUUCCUGUUUUUAAGUAUCCUGACCCAAACACCUUUUCUCUUCUGGAGGCAGUGUUUAGGAAAUGUAACUUAAUUUGAAUUUGCAAGCCGAAACAGAUUUUUUUUUAGGACAAGCCACAAUUUAUUUUUUAUGUAAGAAUUUUACUGGAUGUUUUUAAUACUUUUAUUGUCAUAUUUUAUAACUUCACCCCCUUUCUGUGGAGAUGAACUGUAUAGAGACAGAUCCAUAAAUAGCCAUAGAACAAAAUGUUCUGUACGUUGCAUGUUGGUUAUGACAAAGAUUUUGUAAAUAUGCAAAUCAGCUUCUAAGGUUUUAUUACAAGAGGAUUUUUAUUUUUGUUUUUAGAAAAUUGGCUGGAAAAGUAGCGGUGGUUUUACUUUUUUAACAGGUGAACACGACACAUCUCAAAUGCAGUCACUUUAAAUACCUCUCAAAAUGGCUUCUCUUUUAGUGAUCUUGCCAUUCAAACACUUUUCUUAUCAUUCAGGUGUGAUGCACUGAGUAUUCAGAACAAGAGACACACCCCCUUCAAGUAUUUAAAAAGGACAAAAUAUUUGCAAUAUAUAAACAGUAGAACUGCUACUGGAAGUUUAAAUAACAAGGGUGGAUAUGAUACACAAAAUGUCAAACCUCUUAAACUAAGCUGGCGAUUGCUUUAAAAGGAAAGAUUGUCAGUGUGUUUUUGACUGUCAAAACACUAACCUGGCUUCACACAAGCAUGUUCCAAUUUCAUGUGGAUAUUGGCUUUGAUCCAGCGGUGGGAAUACGCAGCAUACGUGCGUAUGACCCAUGCAAAUAAGCUGCAGUUGCACCAAAUGGCUAUUUCGGAGAGAGUAACAGCUGCUUUCUUUCUUUUGCAGUUUAUCUGGGAGUGCUUGCAUGCACACAUGCCCAGUUGCUGGGUGAAGUUGGGACGUCAAGCAUGCAGCACCUCUUUGUGCAUCUGCAUGUUUGCAGUUUCCCACCAACUAGCGAUGUGCAUGUGCGGAAGCGGGUUUCUAUGAAUGUAUGGCUGUGUCUAGCGUUGCGCGGAGGGGGACAAACGAUACUGUACGUUCCAGGAAGAUUGUUUUCUAAUAAAGUUGUGCCCAUUUUUAAAA